AUGGAGGCCAUAGAAAGAGAUUUGAGACAAAAUAUUGAGCUCUUGCGGAACAAUGUCACCAGAAUCGAAACAAAUAGGUUGAAGCCUAAGAUGCAGAUGUUUAUAAGUGGAGUUGACGACACACUUAGCUGCAAAUUUUUUGUAGGGACCUUGAAAGAUGUAGAUCAUAAGUGGAUUGUAGGGCUCCCAGCUAGGUCCAUCAUAAGUUUCGAAGAUCUUGCAACUCAUUUCGUUGCUCAUUUUGCAGUAAACAACAAAAAGCCUUUCUUAGUAGCCGACUUGUUUGAUAUCCAACAAUGUUCAACUGAAACUUUGAAGAGCUACAUAGCCCAAUUUAACAAUGUUACCCUCAAAGUGGAGGAACCAAAUGAAGAUAUAUUCUUCAUGGCCUUCGAGAAGGACUUGAGCUUUGGAACUUUCAACGAGGCCUUAACUUUAUGUAAGCCAUACUCAAUGAAUGGGAAUCAAAUGAAAGCUUAG